ACCUGUUACUAUUUGGACAUCUUUGUAUUAACUUCUGUUGUUCUGUUUUUGUUUAUAUAUAAUAAAUAUAUGGCCUAGCCUUCAAUGUGCUACAGAAAAGCUUUUAGUAUAUUUCUUAGCCUAAUCCCAAAAGGAAUUAAAAUGUUCCUAGGGUAAUUCCCAGAGUUCAGUUAAACUUUUCGCAUAUAAUUGUUCAAUUUUUUAUUAGACCAUCAGGAAUUUUAACCGUCUUUGGAAUCCAAUCUAAAUUGCAAGAAAAUUUCCCAAAACAUUUUAGCAAUGACAGCCUGCGUAAUUUUUUUUUUUUUUUUAGGUUGCUACCUAUAUGUGUCAAUCUUUAAAACAUGUACAUAUAUACAAUAUAAAAAAUGAGUCAUCGUUUAAAGAAGAAAGACUCCCCUACCAGUUUAGCGUUCACACAAGAAAAUGUGGUGAAGUUGCUUAAUUUGACCAAAGAUUCUACACUUUGCAAUGACUUUAGUGUCAUUUUAACUUGUGCUACAAAUGGAAAAGAUCAAUUGAGCUAUUUAAAAGAGUUGAGUGGAAAACUAAAGAAUGGAGAGUUGCAAGAUAAGCAGAACAUAUUUUUACUUUGUUCAAUGUUUGUGCAAUGUAUGAGUCGCCACCCUAUGAGAAGGACUCUUGCUGCUAUUCUUCAAAGUAUGUCUCAGGAGGAGUGCUUGAAAAAAGAAGUAAAGAAGUGUAUGUCAGGCAUUUUAAGUGUGGUAUUAGCUUUAGAUAAGGACGCCAAUCAAUCAAUAAGAGAAAACACUGAAAUAAUUGCAGGGCUGAUGGAGAACUUUAAAAUUGGUGAUGAAAUUGUACAAGACAACUAUAAUUUAGUUUUGGUGUAUCUACAGCAUGCUCUACAACAAAGCUUUGAAAUGAAAAUGGAACAUAAGAAUGCUGUUCAACAAACGCAGUGGAUGCAGAAUAUAUUGGCAAUUUUAAAAACCACUGUUGCAGGUGUGCAAAAGUGUGAAAAUUUAACAAUAGACUUUGAAGGGAAACACAGUAACUUGUUGUUGUGUUUAAAAGGAUUUUUAACGUUGGCAACGAAUAUAAUCCAUCAUAAUUUCAUCUUGGAUUGCCAGUGUGCAGCUGGUAUGUUGUUUCCAGGCAUUGCCUUGCUCUUACCUGAAAACCCGUUUAGUCAGUUUGUAAUGUUUAUUUCACACUGGAUUAAAUAUGGAAAUGAAACAAAUUUUACCUUUAAACCAUGUGCACUAACGAAAAUUCUACUUGAUGCAGUUAAGUCAUGUUUUGAUUCACACCCAACACGCAUGUUACUAUUACUACAUUCCCUGCUGGUUAAAUUACCUGUUAAGACUCUUCACAACAAUCACAUUGGUUGCUCGCCGAGCAUGUUUGAAGAGAUCUUUAUAGAAAGAUUGAUUGAUAAUAUGAAAACAAUUCGGGAAAAGAACUGUCUUAUUCUUUCCUUCAAAACGAUUGCAUUUUGGGUAAAUAUGGCACAUAAGGAGAUAGAAAAAGAAGAUUUCUCUCCUCACCUGAUCGACAUUUUAACCUCACAUGUUAUUUCGCAUUUAUUCACAUAUAUAGAUCAUAAGGUCGACACAAUUCGACAUAUUGUUAAUGCAACUACUAAAGAAUGCUUCUUAAUUCUUACAAAAACUAAUAAAAAUGAAAUCAUUGAUACCAUUGCGAAAGAAUACUUUAGUACUGAUCUUAAAUCCCGUGGUAAUAUUUCAAUUAUAUGCCACCUUACUGAAUUCGCUCGAGUUGAGAAGAUUUUGAAUAUUUGCCCAACAUUGGCUAUUGACGUAAUUAAUUUAUUAGCCAAUGUUGAUCUGGCGCCUCAUGCUUGUGAUUUGUAUAAUCUACUUUCAAAAAAACAUUUUCAUGAAGUUCAACAAAGUUCAAAAAAUAUUUCAUACUGGAUUACAAUGUGGGUGGACAAUAUUUAUUCUGCUUUGUCUGGUGACAAUAAAGAAAUUAAAACAAACUUGGUAGGUUACGUCAUACCAUCUCUUUUAAAAGUGCAUCCUGACAUUAUCAUCAACUUGCUUAACGGUUUGCAAGAAGAUAAAAAAUUGGUUCAAACAAGAAUUCUUAUUGUUUUCUUGAAGUCUCUACGAGCAAUGAAGAACAUGGGAAAAGAUAACAGCCUACCUUUUGAUACUUUAUGUGGUACAGGUGAAAACAAAUACAGAUGGAGAAAUCUGAUUGAUUUGAACCAUAUGAAGAUGUGCUUAACACACAUGGAUGGUCAGAUUCGACUUGAUACCUUAUCACUUAUAUGUAAUUCUUCUAAAACAACAGACGCUGUUUGUCACGAAGAUGUUGUAUUGUUAAAAUAUUUUCUUAACUACAAUAUGGCAAGUGAGAGUCCGUCUUUUAGGCAACAAACUGUUACAAAUUUAAAGAAAAUUUUACUUCGCAUUGUAGCACACAGUUUGCAAAUGGAAAAAGCAGGCAUGCUGACCGGUCAUCGUGAUCAUGUGGGUGUGUAUGGUCAAUUUUUGUCAUGGCUUAUUUCAUUUUGUUUUGAGAAUCUUUAUUCUUCUGCACCGUAUUGUCAAGUGUCAUUGUUACUGGAAGUUUUGUUACUCGUAUCAGCAAUUUUACACGACUCCAAGGAUGCAAUAUUACUUACAUUCAUCACAAUUAGUGACAGGGACAAAGUUGGCUUUACUGACAAAUUAAUCAAUUGUUUUGAUGAUACUUAUGAUCCAAACCGUUUAAUGGUUUAUCGUAUAUUUGCCUUCCAACCAUUAUUUGCUACCAUUUUGUCAAACGCAAGAGCGCGUUCCAUAUAUCAAAACACAUUAGAAAGAGUUUCCAGUCCACAGCCUGACAUUUCGUCUAUAGCUGCGUAUUAUAUCAAUUUUUUGGCGUUAACUAUUUGUAAAGACAAUUUGAAGAGUGUUUAUGUUGAUUCCGAUGAAAAACACCUUAUGAAUGAACAUUACUUUAAUUCGUCCAACACAGUUUUAUUUUUUCUGGACAAUUCAAUGGCCGUGUUAAAAGAUCAACUAUCUGUGAUGAAAAGCAGUUUGGUUUCAUCUUCUCAAAAUGCACCUCUCUAUGGCAUUCUUUACUGUAUUAGAAUGCUGUUUCAAUUGCAAGGAGAAAAGAUCAAACAAGGUGCUGAAAGCAACUUUUCGGCCUUUGCACAAUUUUUGCAGGAUCUUGUGGAAGCUGGUAUAGAAAUUAUUGAGUAUGUGUCACCAUACGUGUCAAGUGAUGCACCAGAAGGUCACCUCUGCGAUGCUAGUUUAGCUGAAGUCUUUCAGCAGCUUACUCUUGAUGAAGUGGACACAAACAAAAUUGAAUUCCAAGCUCAAGUAGCUCGAAUGUUGCUUGUGUGUUGUUGGCGAUCUAUGAAAGAAGUUUCUUUGUUGCUUGGAGUAAUUGUUUCUAAUUUUUCAAGUGUUUGUUCAAAAGAAAACAUUCUUUUACCGAAAUCUCUCAUACUUAAGAUGUGGGACAUGUUUUGUAAUAUUCUUUUGCGUUCUAAACACGCUGGAGCAUACGAACUAGCCAGCUUAGGAUUUAUUAAAUUAUGUUCUGUUUUGUGGUCAUCGGAUGAUGUUCAAUUACAAGCGAUACCAAGCAACUCAGUGAAGACAUUAAUUGAAGAUUUAUUGUCGCGUACUCAAUAUGACAAUGCUCAAGUAACACGCCGAAGCGCAGGCCUGCCAUUUUAUCUUCAAGCGCUAUGUACAACAGAGCCGGCAAUCAAAGCUAAGGAAUCUCUUACGUUUCUGAUGGUGUCUCUAACAGAUCUUUGUAAGAGUAGCAUGGGUAAACAUGACGUUAAUAAAUUGGUCAUAUCAUUAAACAUACUUCGUGCUUUUUACAAAGAUACUAAGUUAUGUGAAGAUAUCUUUCCUUACAUUAGUGAUGGUGUUGUGAUAGCUGUGAAGGGCUUUUCGUCCUCCAAUUGGGCGAUUCGAAAUUCCUGUACGAUACUGUUUAGUGCAUUGAUGCAGAGGAUCUUUGGUGUUAAGAAAUUUAAAAUGACUGGACGAGAGUUUUUCUCCAGAUUUCCUGCUUUGUUUACUUUCCUUUUGGAACAAGCUAAUGUUAUGGUGCAGAAGACGACUACAGAUGAAGCGAUGAACGACUACUUGCAUCCUAGUAUCUUCCCUGUGUUGUUACUGCUGUCUCAUCUGUAUCCUGCAACUCUGGAAGGCACGGAUUCAUUGAUGCAUUUGGGAAAUUUCGUGCCACAUGUAAGACGGUGCGCAUCAAGUUCUGUUUACAAAACGAGGACCAUGGCAGCUAAAGCUUUCACGCCUUUAAUUUCCGUGCAAAAAUCAACUUCCUGCAUGCAACAGCUGGUUUGCGAAAUUCAAGAAUUGAAAAACGAUGACAAAACUGUAACAGAUCAGAACACUUUGCACGGGUUAUGCUUGCAGUUAUGUUCUUUGUUAGAGAGAGACUUGGUGACAGCAACUUGUGAAGACCUUGAAACAAUAGUUAGCACAUGUUCGCAGCUUUCAUGGAUUUGUCAGUUUGCUGGUGUUUGUUUCGUUACGAAAGCUGUCUACCUUGAUAUCGUGUUGUUAUUGUAUCAUACAGAUAAAUUUGAAGGCUACAAAAGUGUGCUGGUGAAUGUAACACUAUACCUAAUGGAGACGGUUACUGCACCUGCAUCUGAGAAAAUCGGAUAUGCGUUGUUUUUAAGAAAUGCCAUAUCUUUUGUGUGUACAAUCUUGAAGACAAAAGGUUGUGUAGAAGAAUUACAGUGGAAUCAUUUAAAGGGUAGCGGAGAGAAAUCCACACAAAGUCUAUUGCAUACCUGUGCAGUACUAGUAAAGUCGCACCAUGUAGAAGUUCGAUCAACUGUGCUGCAGUUGAUUUGUGACUGCCCAACACUUUUCCACUAUGUGCCAUCAGAUUUUUUGACAGCUUAUAUGGAAAUCACAUUUCAACACGAUGUAGGGGACCGGUCUUAUCCAAAGAUGAUUGAAGCACUGGCCAGUCUUCUUGCCAUAGAAAAAGAUGCAGACUUUGAUUUAUGUGUUCAGCUUUGGAAUAAGUGGUAUAAUCACGCUUGUGUAUAUGGAAGAAUUAGCGAUACACACCGGGUAGCAGUGGUAAAGUUUUUAGCGGUGUUCUUGAAACUAUGUAGAUCAUUGUCGCAGGAGAUCGACAGCCUGACUACUGUUUUUAACCAGAUGUGGUGCUUUAUUGAAGAAAGUUCUCAUCCGAAACAAUGUAACGAGUCUCGGCAUGAAGUUGCUAAAAUGCUCUAUUUGAAGCCAGUGGACAAUGUAUACAACUACUUCAUAUGUUGCAUCAACUUGUUGAAGGAUAGCGACGCGGAAAUUCGAGAGGCUGCAGCUUGCAAUGUUUAUCGUAUCGUUCGUCGCUCUUCGGAUGAUGACUUCUACAGACCGCAGCCAUCGGUAGUUAUUGAACUUCUUUUCAACACGGUUAUCUCUAAACAAAUAAGUGAAGAUGUGAACCGGUGCACGGCAUUUUUGAUACGUACCAUGUUACAAAUCGAGAGUACUGGUAUUAAAGAUGCUGUGCGAGGUAAUUGUGAAGUGGUAAAUAGUGCCUUGAGUAAUCGAAAUGAGUUGCUGAAGAAAUUUGUUGUUUUCGAGGAAGGUAAAGAUAAUCCUUACUACGAUGAGGUUGAAAUUUGUCGUCUGGCGUUUCAAGUAUUAACACAGAAUAGAUUGAAAUUAAACAAUGAAGACAGUACCAUAGCCAGCCUGCUUUCUUAUUGUCAAAGCUACGUUGACACUAAUAAGUAUUCUUUUAGAUCUAAUUACAUUAGAAAGUUUUUAGAACAUGUAUGUAUCUAAAAUUAUAUUUUACACUACUUUUAAAAAAAUAGUUUUACUAAUGACCUUAGAACGUCCCUGA